AUGAAGGGUAUCGCUGUGGAGUUGGUGUUUUUUCUCCUGGUGGAUUUGGUUUGGAGCAUUUCUGCGCAGCCCUUCGGUGGGACGCCUCCUGACGCGCUGCUCCGUGGGGUGAAGGCUCCAUCCGGCGGCUACAGGCGCUCCAUGCAGCGACAGCAAGGAAACAAGUUGCCGCUCUACAUGAUGCAGCUCUAUCGGACCAUGCGCAGCGGUGAUCGGGCCGGUUUCUCUGCAGCCAGAAGCCGCAUCUGGAGGGAUGAGCUCCCCGUCCUCAAAGACGCAGACUCCGUGAUCAGCCUAAUCGCAAAGAGCUACCAGCAGAUUUGUGAGAGGUGGUCCGUCACCUUCGACUUCUCGUCCAUGUCUCCAAGCGAUGACAUCCAGCUGGCUGAGCUCCGCAUCCGAUUACCUGCCUUCGCUGCCUUGUCCUCCCCUGCUUUUAUAGACAUCUAUCACUCCAACAGGGAACAAUGCUCCAGCAUGGACUGUUUUGAGAGCAGGCUGCUUCUGGGCCGCCUGAGGGCUCAUCCAGGCUCAGCGGUCUCACCUUCCUCUUGGAAAGUGUUUAACAUGACCAAAAUGCUCCGCCGCUGGCUUCACCGGGGACCUGCUAUGCAAACCAUGGAGGGAGGUCUAGCUGAGGGCAAGGAGGAGUGCAAGCAGCAGAGAAUCCAACAUCCAACAGCUGACAGGGUGAUAAUGGUGGUCUUCUCCAGGCAGAGCCAACAUAGCCAGCGAAUGCCAACGCUAAUCCGCACAGUGGAGCAUUCAAAGUAUGUCAGCCUGGACAGGGAGCGACCUGUGCCCACCUCCAGGGUGAGCAGCCUUAGAGAAAAGGGACACGAACAAACUGAGCGGAAACGGAGAGACACUGCAGGGGAGGAGGAGCUAGGUCAUCUCUGCAGGAAGGUGGACAUGUGGGUAGACUUUGAGAAGCUCAACUGGAGUGACUGGAUCGUCUAUCCCAAACGGUAUAACGCUUACCGCUGCGAAGGGACAUGUCCUAUCCCUGUAGAUGAGAACUUCGCCUCAACUAAUCAUGCUUACAUGCAGAGCCUGUUAAAGUUUCAACACCCAGAAAAAGUGCCAAGCCUUUCCUGUGUGCCCACUCGCCUGGCACCGCUUUCCAUGCUGUACUAUGAGAAUGGGAGGAUGUUGAUGAGGCAUCACGAGGAUAUGGUCGUAAAGGAGUGCGGCUGCCACUGA